GCCGGUCCCCCUGGGCAGGCAGCGCGGGGUCUCCCGCCAAGGCCGUCCCCAUGGCCGGGUGCCGGUGGGGUGUGCUGUGGGUGUGCGUGGCGGCGGCCAUCCAGCUGCACGGGGGCGGGCUGGCGCACGGUGACUGCUGGCUCAUCGAGGGUGACAAGGGCUUCGUGUGGCUGGCCAUCUGCAGCCAGAACCAGCCGCCGUACGAGGCCAUCCCGCAGCAGAUCAACACCACCAUCGUGGACCUGCGGCUCAACGAGAACCGCAUCCGCAGCGUGCAGUACGCCUCGCUGAGCCGCUUCGGCAACCUCACGUACCUCAACCUCACCAAGAACGAGAUCGCCUACAUCGAGGACGGCGCCUUCUCGGGCCAGUUCAACCUGCAGGUGCUGCAGCUGGGCUACAACAGGCUCCGCAACCUGACGGAGGGUGUGCUGCGCGGGCUGAGCAAGCUGGAGUACCUGUACCUGCAGGCUAACCUCAUCGAGGUGGUCACGCGCAGCGCCUUCUGGGAGUGCCCCAACAUCGUCAACGUCGACCUGUCCAUGAACCGCAUCCAGCGGCUGCACAGCGCCACCUUCGCGGGCCUGGCCAAGCUGUCCGUGUGCGAGCUCUACAGCAACCCGUUCUACUGCUCCUGUGAGCUCCUGGGCUUCCUGCGCUGGCUGGCGGCCUUCACCAACGCCACGCACACCUACGACCGCAUGCAGUGCGAGUCGCCGCCGCUCUACUCCGGCUACUUCCUCCUGGGCCGGGGCCGCCACGGCCAGCGCAGCAUCCUCAGCAAGCUGCAGUCCGUGUGCACCGACGGCUCCCACGUGGCCGAGCCGCCCCCGGCGCCAGGACGCCUGCCCCCCGGCCGCUCGCCGCCCCCGCCGACCCCGCCGCCGGAGCCGAGCGAGGGCCCGUGUGCCGACGAGGAGUGCUUCUCGGGCGACGACACCACGCCGCUGGUGGCCCUGCCCACGCUGGCCCCCCAGGCCGAGGCGCGGCCCCUCCUGAAGGUCAAGCAGCUGACCCAGAACUCGGCCACCAUCACGGUGCAGCUGCCCAGCCCGUUCACCCGCAUGUACACGCUGGAGCACUUCAACAACAGCCGCUCGUCCACCGUGUCCCGGCUGACCAAGCCCCAGGAGGAGAUCCGCCUGACCAACCUGUACACGCUCGCUAACUACACCUACUGCGUGGUGUCCACCAGCUCCGGGCUGCGUCACAACCACACCUGCCUCACCAUCGGCCUGCCCAGGCCGCCCGGCCCGCCGGGCCCCGUGCCCAGCCCGCCCACGGCCACCCACUACAUCAUGACCGUCCUGGGCUGUCUGUUCGGCAUGCUGCUGGUGCUCGGCGCCGUCUACUGCUGUCUGCGCAGGCGGAGGCGCCAGGAGGAGAAGCGCAAGAAGGCGGCCGCGGCCGGCAGCCUCAAGAAGACCAUCAUCGAGCUCAAGUACGGGCCCGAGCUGGAGGCGCCCGGCCUGGCCCCGCUGUCCCAGGGCCCGCUGCUGGGGCCCGAGGCGGUGACCCGCAUCCCGUACCUGCCGGCGCCCGCCAGCGAGGUAGAGCAGUACAAGCUGGGGGAGAGCGGCGGGACGCCCAAGGCCAGCAAGGGCAACUACAUGGAGGUCCGCACGGGCGAGCAGAUGGAGCCCCGGGACUGCGAGCUGGGCCGGCCCGGCCCCGACAGCCAGAGCUCCGUGGCCGAAAUCUCCACCAUCGCCAAGGAGGUGGACAAGGUCAACCAGAUCAUCAACAACUGCAUCGACGCGCUCAAGUCCGAGGCCACCUCCUUCCAGGGCGGCAAGUCCGGGGCCGUGUCCACGGCCGAGCCGCAGCUGGUGCUGCUGUCGGAGCCACUGGCCGGCAAGCACGGCUUCCUGGCCCCCGUCUACAAGGACACCUUCGGCCACGGCCUGCAGCGGCACCACAGUGUGGAGGCGGCCGCCGGGCCGCCGCGCGCCAGCACCUCGUCCAGCGGCUCCGCGCGCAGCCCGCGAGCCUUCCGCGCCGAGGCUGCCGGUGUGCACAAGGCUGCGGCCGCCGAGGCCAAGUACAUUGAGAAGAGCUCCCCGGCCCCCGAUGCCAUCCUCACUGUGACGCCCGCGGCCGCCGUGCUGCGGGCCGAGGCCGAGAAGGGCCGCCACUAUGGCGAGCACCGGCACUCAUAUCCCGGCUCCCACGCCGCCGAGCCGCCCGCGCCCCCCGCGCCCCCCGCGCCCCCGCCCCACGAUGGCCUGGGUGGCCGCAAGGCGUCCAUCCUGGAGCCGCUGACCCGGCCGCGGCCCCGCGACCUGGCCUACUCGCAGCUGUCUCCGCAGUACCACAACCUGAGCUACUCCUCCAGCCCCGAGUACACAUGCAGGGCCUCCCAGAGCAUCUGGGAGCGCUUCAGACUGAGCCGCCGGGGACACAAGGACGACGAGCAGUUCAUGGCGGCCGGCCACGCCCUGCGCAAGAAGGUUCAGUUCGCCAAAGACGAGGACCUCCACGACAUCCUGGACUACUGGAAGGGCGUGUCGGCCCAGCACAAGUCCUGA